UCCUUCUUUAUCCACCUACCUCGAAUUGUGCAAUAACCAUGAAAACAUGAAAUGUCCUUGUACUCAAAUCUCUGCUAAUUAUCAAGGGUUCGUUCAACUUUCAUCCAUUUUUCAUCAAGUCUGUGCGAGUGAUUUGAUAUCACCCGAAUGGAUUAAAUUUCUUUUUGACAACAAUAAGACAAUAGUACGUUAUGCAGCAGAUUUUCGUGCCACCGCUAGUAUUCAAUUUCAAGCUUUACAAUGACUAUGUCAAUUGUCUUUUACAGUGGUUCAAGAUAGUAUUGAAGGAUUUUAUACCAAUGAACUCAUCUCCGGUGAACUAUUAAGCGAGAAUCUCUUCAAAGCUCAAUUAAAAGCAGAUAUCGCGAGAUUUCAAAUGUCAACUAUUUCAGACUUUAGGCGUGCUUUAACAUUUAUGCGCUCGUUUACAUUUAGUAAUGCACUUAUUCCUGCUAUCGAAACUGCUUACACUUUCCUCGUCUACGUUGAUGAUUCAGGUGCUGUAUAUCCAUGGUAA